GUAUGGCAUGGACUGAGGUUGCUUUUUUUCAUUGGGUUGUCUUAUGGAUAUUCCUUUCAUUAACCCGCGUCAAAGGAAAUGAAGGGAUUUUGAAUGAAACGCAAAAAGGAUCGUCUGGGACGACGAUCUCCAAAGAAACAUGUCAAGAUAAGGCUCGAGAAAGUCGAGGUAGAGCGGUUGACAUGGAAACGAUGUCGUGCGAUGACGACGACGUGGAACAGAAACUGAUAAAGCGGUUACUCCAUGGGCAUGAUAAGCACGUGAGACCUGUGAAGAAUAGAGAAGAUACAGUGAAUGUUGGCUUUGAUUUCUCGUACAAUCAACUCGUUGAUUUGGAUGGGAAAAAGCAGAUUUUGACGAGUAAAGUUUGGGUUCGUCAGACUUGGCACAAUGCGUUUCUUACUUGGAACAAGACGAAGUAUUGUAACAUCAGCAUGAUUCAAUUUGAUCCGAAAGUCAUUUGGAAACCUGAUAUAGUUUUAUACAACAGCAUUGGUAUAAGUGCCGGUGGUGAGAUGUAUAAAUUCAACACAAUGAUUAAUGUCAACCACAAGGGUCGAAAUCAAUGGUGGGCUCCAACAGAGAUCAAAAGCAUCUGUCAUAUUGACAUCGCAUAUUUCCCGUUCGACUAUCAGAGAUGUUACCUGAAGUUCGGCUCCUGGACCCAUACGAAAAAGACACUGAACCUGUCAAUGACUCGGCCAGGCACGGCUGACUUGUCAAUGUACCUUCUCAACGGGGAAUGGGAACUACUUGGAGUUCCAGGCAAUAGAAAUGAAGUAAACUACAGUUGCUGUCGAGAACCUUUUGUCGAUAUUACAUACAAAAUCUUCCUGAAGAGAAGAGUUUUGUUUUACUUGAAUAACUUGGUUAUGCCGAAUCUUAUUCUGGCUGGUUUGGUCAUCUUCUCUUUCUACGUUCCGCCAGAAUCCGGAGAGAGGAUUUCACUGAAUAUCACAAUAUUACUUGGUCUGACCGUGUUUUUAUUGUUGUUCAACGAGCGUAUUCCGCCGUCGAGCGAAGUGGUUCCAAUGAUAGGAGCCUACUACUUUGCGCUGUUCUACCAAGUCGGCAUCUCAAUGAUUCUCACGUGCGUCACCUCGCGUUGCUAUCACCACAACGCUUUCCGUAAGAUGCCACGCUGGUUUCGUUUUCUCAUUUUCCGCGUGCUCGCGCCCUUAUUUCGCAUGCAAAACCGCUUCUCAAAGCCAAAAUCCCAACCUUGGCAGCCGGUCGAGAUAAAGUACAAGAAACCGCAGAAGUUAUGUCUAUACAAGACUAUGAACGGAACGCUUAAAUUGAAAGAACGACAGGAUACCGAAUCGAUGAUGGCGGCAAACGACGAUGAUGACGACGACGACAGCCCGCGUAUUUCCGAACCCACGCGUUUGCCUCUCGAGACGAAAAUUGACGAAAUUUCAAAGCAGCUGGGCGUGUUUGUCGACCAUUUGAAUCGCAACGAGGAGAUUGAGUCGAAGAAAGAGGAAUGGCAAUUUGCAUCGAUUGUUUUGGACAAAUUUUUCUUCUGGUUUUUUGCGCUAACCAUUUCACUAACAGUCGUGUUAUUUUAUUGGAAAAUAAGUCAACAGCCAACGGACUUGUCUGGAAAACAUAACGACUAGUCGGCAAUGAUGGAUAAUUUGCGAAACAUGUGGAUAAUUUGUGAUACAUGUGGAUAACUAUUUGUACGUAAAAAUGAUUGCUUGCAUGUGAAUAUCGUUCAUAGAUAUCAUGGAAUGACAAGCAUAUUGAAGAUGGAAAGAUUAUAGAAGAUGGAAAGAUUAUAGAAGAUGGAAAGAUUAUCGGAUGUAUGGAGUUGGCUGUAACCUGCUUAAUUCGCUGAGCUAUUGUGAAGCAUUAAUUUAUAGCAUAUUUUAAAAACUAUAGUCAAGUUGUAGGCGCAUAAGAGUUAUGACGUUCUACAGA